CCAAUCUCAUCUUUACUGUCAGCAUGACAAUAGACUUCAACGAUUACAAUCUCACACUCUGAAUCGGCCCCACUCUCUGUUCAGGUUUCCGUCGUUCAACUCACACAUGGUGCGCGUGUGCAAGGUGUUUUGCCGUAUUAUCUUAUCGAACAGGUUCCUUUUUUUUAUUUCCACCUGACCACUGCCGCUCAGUGAUAGGCAUAUUCGUGAAUUUACAUAUUAUUUUCGGCAAACACCUAUUCCGUAUUGGAUCAGCAAGGUCGUGUAAAAAGUGCAAUUAUAAAGGGCGUUUCCUCUCAACUGUUGGCAAUGGAAAGCUUAGCUCAAUUCAACCCAAAUUUGCCUUUAGUGUUGUUUGUCAACGGAAAAAAGGUUAUCGAUGCAGCACCUGAUCCCGAGUGUACUCUGCUGGUGUAUUUGCGUGAUAAAUUGCGUCUCUGUGGCACGAAGCUCGGAUGCGCUGAGGGAGGAUGCGGUGCGUGCACGGUGAUGGUGUCCAAGGUUGAUCGCAACACGGGCUUACUUCAGCAUCUCGCGAUCAACGCAUGCCUUACACCUGUGUGCGCCGUUCACGGAAUGGCCGUGACCACGGUCGAGGGCAUCGGAAGUACUCGCACGCGCCUCCAUCCGGUUCAGGAGCGCAUUGCCAAGGCACACGGUUCGCAGUGCGGUUUCUGCACUCCUGGAAUCGUUAUGUCGAUGUACUCGUUGCUGCGCAGCUCUCCUGUUCCUUCAAUGAAAGAGCUGGAGGUGGCCUUCCAAGGCAAUUUGUGUCGCUGUACAGGCUAUCGACCGAUCCUGGAAGGAUACAAAACGUUCACCAAGGAAUUCGGCACCAACUGUGCUAUGGGAGAGAAAUGCUGUCGAAAUGGAGGAAAUGGUCAUGGAUGUGGACAGAACGGUAACGGAGAGAUAGACACCGAGCUGUUUCAACCGAAUGAAUUCAUUCCCUACGAUCCCUCUCAAGAGCCUAUUUUCCCUCCGGAAUUGAAGCUCUCCAACAAAUUCGACUCUGAAUCGCUGGUUUUCCGUAACUCCCGAACUGCAUGGUAUCGGCCAACGAAACUCGACGAUUUGUUGGCUUUGAAAAAGGCCCAUCCGGAGACGAAGAUCAUUGUCGGUAACACGGAAGUAGGGGUGGAAGUGAAGUUCAAACACUUUGAGUAUCCGGUCCUUGCGAAUCCCACCCAAAUAAAGGAAUUGACGGAGAUCGAGCGCCACGAGCAUGGCAUCAAAGUUGGGUCCGCCGUCACGCUGAUGGAAAUGGAAAAUGUGCUCCGGAAGGAAAUUGAAACCGGUCCUGAGACUGAGACACGCUUGUUUCAAGCUAUCGUCGACAUGCUGCACUGGUUUGCAGGCAAGCAAAUCCGCAAUGUUGCCUCGGUGGGAGGAAACAUAAUGACGGGAAGUCCUAUUUCGGAUUUGAAUCCCAUCUUUACGGCUGCUGCAAUCGAGCUGGAUGUCGCGAGUCUUGACGGUGGGCUUCGUAAAGUGCGUAUGGGCGAUGGAUUCUUCACUGGCUAUCGAAAGAAUGUGAUUCAACCACAGGAAGUACUCCUGUCUCUGUUUAUCCCCCGUACUACCAAAGAUCAAUUCUUCAUUGCGCAUAAACAGGCCAAACGACGGGAUGACGAUAUUGCCAUCGUGAAUGGCGCGUUCAAUGUUCGUUUCCAACCGGGCACAGAUAUCGUGCAACAGAUUCAUCUGGCAUUCGGUGGAAUGGCGCACACGACAGUUCUUGCCAAGAAGACGGCCAACGCACUCGUUGGAGCUCGAUGGGAUGCACAACUUGUGGAACGUUGCAAUGAUUUGCUUGUGGAAGAGCUUCCACUCAGUCCAUCGGCUCCGGGUGGAAUGAUCGUUUAUCGUCGAUCUCUAACAUUGAGCCUCUUUUUCAAGGCAUACCUAGCGAUAGCCCAGUCUCUCGAUAAGCAAGACAUCCCGCAUAGGACACCUGUUGGUGAUCGCGAGAAAAGUGGUGCUAACACGUUCCAUACAUUAGUGCCAAAGAGUAGUCAACUGUUUGAGAAGGUUUCAGGCGAUCAACCAAUUACCGAUCCAAUCCGUCGGCCGCAGGUGCAUGCUUCGGCUUACAAGCAGGUCACCGGAGAAGCAGUCUAUUGUGACGACAUUCCCAAGUUUGAAAAUGAGUUAUAUCUGGCCUUCGUAUACAGCACGAAAGCGCACGCCAAAAUUGUAUCGAUCGAUCCAUCGGAAGCACUCAACCUGGAAGGUGUUCAUCGAUUCUUCAGUGCGGAUGAUUUAACAGAAGAGCAAAACCGCCUCGGCCCAAUAGUCGAAGACGAGCGGGUAUUUGCAAAAGAUAUUGUUACCAGUCAUGGCCAAAUAAUUGGAGCAAUUGUAGCGGAGCAUGAGUCGAUAGCAAAAAAGGCCGCUAAGAAGGUACGGAUCGUGUACGAGGACAUCUCACCAAUUAUAGUAUCCUUGGAAGAUGCAGUCGCCAGAAAGUCUUUCUUUCCUGAAGGGUCAUUACGAUUAGAAUUCGGCGAUGUGGACGCAGCAUUCCAAUCAGCAAGCACCAUUGUGGAGGGAGAGUGUCGUACGGGCGCUCAGGAACACUUUUAUCUUGAGCCCAUCGCUUGCAUUGCUUUCCCACGUGACUCGGACGAGUUGGAAAUCAUCAGCUGUAGUCAACAUCCGGCCGAAGCACAGCGCAAAGUGGCCAACGCAUUAAAUCUGCCUUGUCAUAAGAUAGUAUCCCGGGUGAAGCGUCUCGGAGGAGGGUUUGGCGGUAAAGAAACAAAGGUUGACCUUUUGGUCACACCCGUCGCACUAGCCGCUUAUCGCCUGCGGCGGCCAGUUCGGUGCGUGUUGGAUCGAUGCGAUGACAUGGCUGUUACUGGAACUAGACAUCCAUUUUUGGUACAGUAUCGCGUAGCUGUAUCGGACGAUGGAUUGCUUCUAGCCGGUGAAUAUAAAGCAUAUUGCAACGCGGGAUACUCCAGGGAUUUAUCCUACUCAGUAAUGCAGCGAGCACUGCUACACAUUCAAAACGCAUACAAAAUUCCAAACCUCCGUAUUGAGGGCUGGGUUUGUAAAACCAAUCUACCGUCCUGUACAGCAUUUAGAGGAUUCGGAUCUCCACAGGCAAUGCUCGUAGCGGAAACUGUUAUACGACAUGUAGCACAACAGUUGAAACUUGAUCAUGUCGGUUUGAUUGAGCGAAACUUGUAUAACAAUAAUGGCGAUCGUACACAUUACCACAAGCUGAUAGACAACUGUACUGUGCGCCGAUGUUGGGAUGAGCUAUUGAACUCCUCCGAAUUUCGUAAACGACAAACCGAGGUGGACUGCUUCAACCAAGCUAAUCGAUGGCGCAAACGUGGAAUUGAUGCAGUCCCAACGAUGUACGGCAUUGCUUUCAACGUACCCGGUCUCGACCAAUCGGGAGCGUUGGUGCAUGUCUAUCAGGAUGGAACCGUGCUGAUAGCACACGGUGGUGUUGAAAUGGGACAAGGAUUGCAUACAAAAAUGAUUCAGGUGGCAGCAACUGCCCUGCAAAUACCCUUCGAUAAGAUUCACUGCUCUGAAACAUGUACGGACAAGGUUCCGAAUACUUCGGCUACGGCUGCAAGCGUUGGUUCGGAUUUGAAUGGUGCUGCGGUGUUAGAAGCCUGUAACAAACUUCUAUCACGUAUAGAACCCUAUCAAAAGAAGAACUCCACAGCUGGUUGGAAUGCGUGGAUCCAACAAGCCUAUCAAGAUCGAGUUUCACUCUCUGCAACUGGCUUCUAUGCAACACCGAAUAUUAAUUACAACUUUGCCACAAACUCUGGCAAUCCCUUCCACUACUACACUUUCGGUGCCGCCUGUUCCGAGGUGGAAAUCGAUUGUCUCACGGGAGAUCAUCAGGUAUUGCGCACGGAUAUCGUGAUGGAUGUGGGUUCUAGUAUAAAUCCCGCAAUUGACAUUGGGCAAAUCGAGGGAGGAUUCAUGCAGGGAUAUGGUCUUUUCAUGCUCGAAGAAAUGAUCUACUCUCCGGCAGGAGAAGUAUACUCGCGAGGUCCCGGCACCUAUAAACUGCCCGGCUUUGGCAACAUUCCUGGUGAACUUAACGUAUCAUUGCUAACCGGAGCACCAAAUCCUCGGGCCGUAUAUUCAUCUAAAGCCAUCGGAGAACCACCGUUAUUUUUAGCGUCGUCGGUAUAUUUUGCAACUAAAGAAGCAAUUGCAGCUGCUCGGAAAGAGGAGGGAAUAUUAGAUAAUUUCCACCUUACUGCACCUGCGAGUGCAGCUCGUAUUAGGAUGCUUUGUAGCGACAGCAUUACACGCAAGUUCUGCGAGGAAAACACCGGAGAAUCUUGGAAUAUCAUGGCAUAAAAUUGAAAACUUUAUCACAAAUAAAACUAAGGACUUCACACAAUCUCCUGUUAGCCGAUUGGAAUAAAUGCGGAUGAUGUCGGAGUUCGUCAUUCUCCCUCUCUUGGGCACAGGUUACAGCAAGAGAUAGUUCAUAUUCUCUCCCACAUCGCGGCUUUUACCGAAAUGGAUUCACACCGUUGCCUCGUUGAAAUCUUCUGCUCGCACUCUACUUGAAGCUCACAGCUGAGGCCAUCACGAACGAACAACGCACUUAAGUCACAUUUCAAUCAGCUCUCCGUGCUCAGUUUAACGCAAACCGUUGCCCGCAGAGAUAGUGUAAAAUUAAAGGCCGUUCCUGUGUCUUCGUAACGCAUUCCUGCUAGUGCCACACGUUGUCUACUGGAAUAGGAUUGUCCGUAGCAAACGGAGCUAAAAUUAAAACAAUAAAUUACAAACGCAACCGAA